UAUAAAGGUAAUGACAGCUCCUUUCCAACCACUUUCCCAGCGGCAGAAGGAAUACCAUCAUCUAGACUGAAAGUGAAAAUCAGCAAGAUAGUAUUGUGAACCAUACACUCUCACAGGAUAUUACUUAAAAGAAGGUUAUCAUUUGAGAAAGAGCGGGAGCAGCGACAACACAGGAAACAAAGCAGCUCUUGCCAGAAAUCCCACGAAACUGAAGAGUUGGUGUAUUUACAUUGCAGUGGACAAGUGUUGAACAAGAUGGUUGUGAACGCCACUUCCCCCAUGGUUGUGGUGGCCAACAGGCUUCCAUUCAUCGUACAGAAAAACGCAGAGACAGGCCAGUUCGAGAGAAAGCAAUGCGCGGGCGGGCUGGUGACUGCCGUCGCCCCCGUUGUAGUGGAGACCAAUGGCCUGUGGGUCGGGUGGUCGGGCCAGCAUCUUGAAGACGGGGAGCAUGACAUUCCCGAAGCCAAUCCGAAUGACCACUCUCCUACAGCAGGCCUUAAGAGUCAACAGGUGAUUCCAGUGAGGCUGCCGCAAAAACAGUUUGAUGACUAUUACAAUGGCUGUUGUAAUGCGACCUUUUGGCCUCUCUUCCACUCCAUGCCGGACAGGGCACUUUUCCAGUCGGAUAAAUGGGAGGCUUACAGGCAAGUCAACGAGCAUUUUGCAAAGCUGACUGUCGAGGCAGUUAUCAAACUGGCGGAGACAAAUCCUGACAGCGUACCACUUGUUUGGCUCCACGAUUACCACCUGAUGAUGGCCGCCAACAGCAUCCGCGACAGGUGCGACAAGCUGGGCCUGCCCAUCAAGAUGGCGUUCUUCCUGCACAUCCCCUUCCCAUCGUGGGACAUCAUGCGGCUCUUCCCCUGGGACGACGAGCUCCUGCAGGGGAUCCUUGGCUGCGACUCCGUGGGCUUCCACGUGGAGGACUACUGCCUCAACUUCAUCGACUGUUGCCAGAGGCGUCUGGGCUGCCGCGUGGACCGCGAGCAGAUGCUGGUGGAGCACAACGGGCGCACGGUGUCGGUGCACCCUCUGCCCAUCAGCAUUCCCUACGACAGGUUCGUCAGCCUGGCAGAGAAGGCGCCUCAGGUGGUCAAGAACAACGAGCAGGAGCAGCUGUUGCUGGGCGUCGACAGGCUGGACUACACCAAGGGCCUCGUGCACAGAAUUCGUGCUUUCGAGACUCUGCUGCAGAAGCAUCCUGAGCACAUUGAGCACGUCACGUUCCUCCAGGUUGCAGUGCCCUCCCGAACGGACGUCAAGGAAUACCAGGAACUCAAGGAGGAUCUCGACCAGUUGAUUGGCAGAAUAAACGGACGUUUCUCGACGCCCAAUUGGUCGCCCAUUCGUUACAUCUACGGCUGCGUGUCUCAGGAGCAGCUGGCUGCUUUCUACCGAGACUCCUCAGUGGCUGUGGUAACUCCCCUGAGAGAUGGCAUGAACCUCGUGGCCAAAGAGUUUGUUGCGUGCCAGGUGGGUGAACCAGGUGUUCUUAUGCUAUCUCCAUUCGCUGGCGCUGGAACUUCAAUGCACGAGGCACUAUUGGUGAACCCAUAUGAAACUGAUGAAUUUGCUGAAGUUAUGCACCGUGCCCUCACCAUGCCUAAGGACGAGAGAGAGCUUCGAAUGCAGCAACUUCGUCAUCGUGAACGAGAACAUGACGUGAACUUCUGGCUUCAGUCCUUCCUCAAAUCAGUGGACUGUUUGGCAGAUAAUAAUCUCACACCUGGACGUCUCCUCCCACUGAGGGAAGAAGACUUCAGCCAGUUCUUGGCUUCCUAUGUCAAAGAAUCCUCACGUUUGGCACUGCUUCUGGAUUAUGAUGGCACCUUGGCACCCAUUGCACCUCACCCAGACUUAGCUCGGAUGCCAGAGGAGACUCGCCGCGUUCUGGAGCGCUUGGCUCACAUGCCCGAUGUCAAUGUUGCAAUCAUUUCAGGGAGGUCAGUGGAAAAUGUGAAAUCUAUGAUUGGAAUCGAGGGCAUUACUUAUGCCGGUUGCCAUGGCUUCGAAAUUCUACAUCCAGAUGGAACAAUGUUUAUACACCCAGUUCCCCAUGAAUACGAAGUACAGUUAGAACAGCUUAAGAAGCAGCUAGAGGAGGAAGUAUGCAAAUACGGUGCGUGGCUGGAACAAAAGAGUUCAGGCAUAACAUUCCAUUACCGUGAAGUGCCAAAAGACAAACAGUCUGAAAUAAUGACAAACGCACAAAAGCUGUUCCAGAAUAAUAAUAUUAAGCUUCAUCAGUCCCACAUGGCAUAUGAAGCACGACCCCCUGUCACCUGGGACAAGGGCCGCGCUGCUAUCUACCUUCUGCGCACGCUGUUUGGCCUCGACUGGUGUGAUCGCGUGUCAACCAUCUUCGCGGGAGACGACAGAACAGAUGAAGAUGCCAUGCGGGCACUGCAGGGAAUGGCGGUCACCUUCAGGAUCACAACUUUACCCAAUCUACGCACAGCUGCUACCUACCGUCUCCCCAACACAGACGCUGUCCUCACCAUGCUCAAAUGGGUAGAGAAGAGGCUCAGCUCGCGAUUGCCCGUGACAAACGGCUUCCGAUCCAGAAAGACGAGCAUGUCCAGCAUCGGAAACAACUCCCCGCCACACCCACCGUCCUCCCCGACCAGACGCUCGAGAUCGAACUCCCAGUCCCCGAGCCCUACCGAGCCCAACAAGCAGAUGAUGGUCAUGACUGAUCAGGUCUAUCAUCAGCUGAUUUCCAGGAAAAACUCCCCUCCAAGGGUCAGUGUGUCGCCUGUGAACACCAAUACUCGCUCUACAGUGUGAACUUCGUACCUGAUUGCCAAAGGUGAACUGAAUGGACUGAAGCCUUGAGAGAGCAUGAGGUAUAUAGCCACGUGAGUACCUCGUUCAUGCUACCUCCAUGAUCAUAGUCGGGACCAUGACUCAGUCUUCAGAACGCGGAAGAGUAUUGCUUACUUCUGUUGUAUUUACCGUGCGUCAGGUAUUUGUUCCUGAGAGAUGUCCUUGCUUACAUCUGGUACAAAUAUAAACAUAGUUUUAAAUACUCAGACACCACCCUCCAAUAGAGUGUAAAUCAUAGGGUGUAUAUGAACCUAACGCUUUACAGAGGAUGGACAGACAGAAAAAAAUAUAUUUUGUGAUAGUUUUCACUUUUGGAAUGGCCCGAAGGUGAUAGAUGAAUGGAGAAUCAAAAGAUUUUGUAUUCAUGAAUUGGUAUAACAGAUUGUAUAGAUGGCUGUAAGUGUUUUUAUGAAGUGUCUGAUCUUUAUUCAUUAUUAUGUGUAUAUACAUCAGCUGUGAUAAGUAUUUAAUGAAUUUGUGUUAUUUCUUUUAUUAUUGUCGUGAGUUUAGGAUAAGAAGCUUGUAAAUAGCGUUAAAGAUUUUUUCUUCUCUAAUCGGCAUUAUAAAAGAAAAUAAACAAAAACCUAUAA